AGAUAUAAUUCCUGACGAGGGGGAUAUCUGAGUAGAUCAGCAGAGCAGCAGCUCCUUGACACUGGAGGCAUUCUCUACCACCCUAACAACUGCCUGCUGUGUGACUUGACUGGACACUUUUGUACUGAGUCUCUGCCAAAACCAGACCCUGAUUGGACGCAGCAGCGAUGAGGAAGUCUGACCAGUCCACGACUAGCCAGGGUCUGACCAACCCCGACCCCCUGGUGCGGGAGGCCUACCUGAUGGCUUAUGACUACAUUGACUACAUGACGGCCCGGCCGGGGGUAUCGUCACGCCCUGCACCCUCUCUGGCCGCGGCAGCCCUGCGUCACGCCGGGGACGAGCUCCUCCAUCGUUUCCCUAUCUUCUUCCGGCGCUGGCCACGUGUCUUCCACGAUGUGACGGAGGAGACGGCGUGUGACACCCUGGUGUCCAUCCUGGACGAGCACUUCGCCCCGACACGCCGCCGCGACCUAGCCUGGAGCGCCGUGCUCUCCACCUACGUGCUGGCCGGCCAGAUGGCGCUGCACUGUCAGGGGAGGGGCAUGACCAGUGUUCUGCCUCAGCUCCAGCACUGCGUGGGCAGCUACGUGGAGAGGGUCAUCUGUCCCGAAAUCAAGGACAGGGGAGGAUGGUCAGGUUUUGUGUCUCGUUUUGGGAAGAAGCAGAACUUGGAGGGCCAAGUGAAAAAGGCAUGCUGUUGGAGUCUGGUAAUACUGACUGCUGGGAUCCUUGCCUACUUCGUAUGGAAAAAAAGAAUAACAUAAUCUGGAGCGCCAUCUUGUGGUGAAUACUUCAAAAACUGACUGCUUUCUGUAACAAAGAGGUAGUGUCAUCUACAGUGUCAACAUCGAUAAUACUGUCUGCGUGGAUCCUUCUUCCUAUGGAACUACUUCCUGUGGAAUUACUUCCUAUGGAAAUAAUUUAAGCUACAGAGCCAUCCUGUGGUGAAUGCUUUAAUAUGCUGUGUCCUGCCCAAAAAGGUUGAGAUCAGGGUGGUGCUGGCAGCUCCAAGCAACGUCUGAAUUCAGUUUCACUGUGACAUCGAAUAGAGUGAGUUAAAUUAGUUGUAAUACACAGAUAGAAAGAAAAACAGAAAUGAAAGACACUUGAAUAGAAAGAAAACAUGUUCUAAUAGUUUGCUAUUCAACAAAUCAUGGAGUGGCAAAAAAAAGAAACUUGCCAUCUCCCUAUAGCAACAUUUAUGAAAAAUAGAGUUCAGUAAUGCCAAUGGCAGUUUCACGAGCAUUUGAUAGUCAGUAACCUUGUAGGCAGAAGCUCAGGUGGGCUGUGUGAGAACAAGCCCUGUGACUUUCAGCAGAAAGAUCCACAACUGCUCUUCCUUUGUGCCAUAUGUGAAUUUAAUAUUUCAUUAGAUUGCAGAUUAAAAUUUCUCAUUCAUCACAAGCAGAGAAAGUACAGCUAUAAUUUUCCUGGAAAAUAAAUAAAAGCCAGUAAUUGCCAGUUUGAAUAGUCUAGGGGCAGAACACUACUGCCAGAGAUGGGUUGGUUUCCCAAAAAGUAGAACACAAAGACCAGCGUUUGACAGUAGACUGAGCACAACCCUAAACUCGCCCUUGAUUUUGUCCUUCAACAAUGGCAUGUUUAGGAAAGUGCUAUAGUGGGUUGCAACCUUCCUUUCUGUAAAGUUGUACAAGUAGUGCAUGGAUGUUUAUAAAAAUAGUCAGUUGGUAGAAGGGGGGAAAAAAAAAAAAAAAAAAAA